AUGCGCCAAGUCACCCCAAAUCCAACCCCAAACCCGCAGCUGCGUCCCCCCACGGCACCCCCAGAGCCAUCCGCACCCGCACCCGCACCUGCACCAACACCAGCACCCCUAACUCCCACCAUGGCACCUCCGACUCCAAAGCCAACCACAAUACCCAAACCAACAGCCAAGCCCACCCCCUCCAAGACACCGCAAACCCCAACCACAACCUCCACCACCCCCAACACUCCCUGCCUCCUCCUCUGGUGGACCCUCGGCCUCGUCCUCUUCACUAUCAUCCAGUCCCGCAUCACCAACACGCCUCUCCUCCAUACCACCGUCUACACCACCCUCUUCUUCACCGUCUUUGGCGCCGCCGCAACAGUGGCCGUGCGCGCCGGAGGGCGCGCCACCGACGUGCUGCUACUGCUGGCGGCCAUGGUUGGCAUUGUGCAGCUGUGGACGGGGACGUUGGGUGCUGGGACGGUGGGGAUGGCGGGGACGGGAGUGGCGGAGGCAGUGGGCGAGGGGGCGACGAGGUUUACUGCUGGGUACAGGAACCUGGCGUUCACAAACCGAGAAUGUAAGAGGCGCUUCUAG